GAGCUGGACGGCAUGGACGACGAGGACGGCCCAGGGGAGAUGCAGCAACAAUUCGAGCAGAACCUCGGAGAGGUAGCGGACUCUGGAACCGCCCUGACCGUCGGCCUAUUUAAGCAGAUCCUGAACGAAAAGCUCAAGCCCAUCGAGAAGGAUAUCAACGCGAUCAAAAAACAUGGAGUAUCCCAUCAAGAUCUCCAUAACGCCGUCCAGCCGCUCAAGGCGGCGGUGGACGAUAUCACAUCCAGGGUAUCGACAUUAGAAGUUUCCACGCCCAAAACAAUGUCGGCCAGAUCUGGGUCAGAAGCCUCCCUGGGGACGGUCCUGGAAGCGAAACUCCAGGAUAUGGAAAACAAGAUCAAUGAUCUCACGGGGAAGGGGCGAACGCCAGACGGAACGAUUGCAGUGCUUGGUGGAAUGGAUGGUUUUGCCGAUUUGGCAGCAGCUUCAGACUUCCUCAAUACGCGCAUUGCCAAUAUCAACGUCCCGCCGCCGGCCGACAUCUUCAUCAAAGGUGAGUCGUUCAACGGCCUCUUGUUUGCUAAGUUUGGCAGCCCUACAUCCGUGGAUACUUUGGUGAAGCAUUUCCGCCAGAACAGUAUUUCUCACAAUGGUCAGAAAAUCUGGGCGAACCGGGAUAUGCCAAUUACUCAGCGUGUGCCUCUCCGUUUUCUCUUCGGCUUCAAACGUCUACUGACGGAGUGGGGCUUCAGGAAGCAAGCGGUCCAGAUCGACGACGAGGCCCUGACGAUGCACGUUGCGGGGGAGCACAUCAUCACAGUCUCCGUUAACAGCGGCACUAUGCACCAGACGUGGGCGAAAACGGAAUGGGAGCAGUGGAGCGCAUUUCACAACGAUUCCGAGUUCAAGCAGCUUGGUGCUUCUUGCCAGGAAAUCCUCGGCCGCGUCGCGGACAAGGGCAAAGGGAAAAGCAAGUGA